AUGGCUUCAGAAACUCAGGAAACUCAGGAACAGAACGAUGAGGCUUUGAACCUUGGUGAAGAUUACAUGACUGGUGAUGAGGAUAUGGAUCCAGAUGAAGAGAACCCAGUAGAAGAAGCUGAUUCCAUAGUGAGUACAUCUGUGAAUCGAGGGAGAGGUAACAAUAGACGCAAGAAAUCUAAGUGUUGGAAGAGUUUUAAGGUCUUAGGGACGUAUCCUGAUGGGAAAAAGGAUGUUCAGUGUCGCCAUUGUGAGCAUAUUUACUGCUUAGAUCUGCGUAGUGGAACCAAUACUAUGUUGCGUCACAUGAGAGUAUGCUCAAUGACUCCUGGAUGUGGAAAUAGGAAGUUGGAUAUGAUGGUAUUCCGGGAAAUGAUUGCAGUAGCAAUCAUUGAGCAUAAUCUGCCUUACUCUUUCGUUGAAUACAGAAGGAUCAGGGAAGCUUUUGUCUAUGCGAAUUCGUCUAUAGAGUUUUGGUGUAGAAAUACAGCUGUAGCAGAUUGUCUUAGGAUAUUUGAGAAAGAAAAAAGGAAACUCAGGGAGAGUUUAAGUGAUAUUCCUGGUCGGUUUUGCUUGACAACUGAUCUGUGGAGAGCAAUCACAGUAGAGGGUUACAUGUGUUUGACUGCCCACUACAUUGACAGAGGCUUCAAUUUGAAGGCAAAGAUCUUGUCUUUCUGUGUGUUUCCUCCUCCACAUACUGGUGCUGCUAUAGCUUCAAAGGUGAUGGAGAUUUUGAAAGAAUGGGGUCUAGAGAAGAGAGUGUUUACUAUCACUGUGGACAAUGCUUCAUCAAAUGAUAACAUGCAGGGAGUUCUCAAGAGGCAGAUGCGAAAAAACUUGGUAUGCAAUGGAGAGUUUUUUCACAUUAGAUGUGUUGCUCAUAUUCUGAAUUUGAUUGUGCAAAGUGGCUUGACUGUGAUUGAAGAAGCUUUGGAGAAAAUCAGAGACAGUGUGAAGUUUGUGAAGGCCUCUGAGUCUAGAGAGAAGUCAUUUCAGGAUUGUGUGGAAGUUGUGGGGAUUAGGGAAGAUAUAGCUAAGGCAGGACUGGUUUCAGAUGUGACAACUAGAGCUGAGUAUGUGAGCAAUCCAUCUGAGGAAGAGUGGAGAAGAGCCGAGAGUAUUUGUGAGCUAUUGUGUCCAUUCGCAGAGAUGACAAAGAUGAUCUCAGGAUCAACUUAUCCUUCUGCGAAUUUGUACUUCAUGCAAGUCUAUAUCAUUGAAAGUUGGCUGAAAACAAAUGAGUUCUCUUAUGAUGAGGUGAUCCAAGAGAUGGUGGGAAGUAUGAAGGAGAAAUUCGAUAAAUAUUGGGAGGAAUACAGUGACAUACUUGCAAUUGCUGCUGUAUUAGAUCCUCGGCUCAAGUUCAAGUGCUUAGAGUAUUGCUUCCAUUCCCUAGAUCCAACCACUAGCAAAUCCAGAGUGGAUAAUGUGAGAAAGAAGAUGAAGAAAUUUUUUAGUGUGUAUUCCAAAAACACCAAUGGAACUGGAGAAGAAAGUUCUGAAAGAAACACAAAUAUUCUUCCUGGAUAUGAAGGUUUCUAUGCUUUUUUUUCUCAAGCAACAGGUGGUAAUGCAAUGUCUUCUCUAGACAAAUAUCUAGAGGAGUCAGUGUUGGAUAUGGUUGCAUUUCCGAAUUUUGAUGUUAUAGGCUAUUGGAAGGACAACGCAAACCGUUUUAAGGAUUUGGCUAAGAUGGCAUGUGAUGUAUUGAGCAUCCCUAUUACCACUGUAGCUUCGGAGUCUUCAUUUAGCAUAGGAAGUAGAGUGCUAAAUAAGUAUAGGAGUUCUCUUCUUCCUUCAAAUGUGCAGGCCUUGAUCUGUGCAAGGAACUGGCUUCGCGGUUUUGAAGAGAUUGAUGAUGAGUUUGAGUUCUCUAAGUUUGAGGAAGACAAGAACCAAGGAGAAGAAGAUUAA